CCAAAGCCUGCAGGAGGCGUCUUCAAGCUGAGAGGGGCUCCCAGAGGUUCCAGGACAGUGCAGGCUCACCAUGCUGCCCUGCCUCGCCCUGCUUCUCCUGAUGGAGCUGUCCGUGUGCACUGUGGCAGGUGAUGGUGGAGAGGAACAGACACUCAGCACUGAAGCAGAGACCUGGGUAAUUGUGGCCUUGGAGGAAGGCGCUGGCCCCAGCAUUCAGCUCCAGCUGCAGGAGGUGAAGAUGGGCAAGGCAAGCCAGUUCUUUGGGCUGAUGGGGAAGCGAGUGGGACGUGAGUGACAAUGACAAUGGAGCCCAGCAAGCAGGGGUUCUGAGUGGGUUCUGCAACAUAAAGCAGAGGCCCUAAGUCAAAGCCCAGUAACUGGG